CCGCGGUUCAGGGGCUUAGUCCUCCCAAACCAUAGAGAGAGUGGAGAGAGCGGCCGGGGAGGUGCUUUCCCGCCCAGCGCUGCCGUGGAGGCGGCGGCGGUUCCCAUGGAGAUGGAAGAUGGCGCCCAGGAGCCGCCAGCGCUCCUCGGCGCCGCUGCAGGUCCUGCUUUUCCUCAACGGGUGGUACAGCGCUACCUACUUCCUCUUGGAAGCCUUCGUCUUCGUCUACAAAGUGCUGCUGCUGCCGUACCCCUUCACCAACCUGGUGCUGGACGUGGUGUUGCUCUUCCUCUACCUUGGCACUGAGGCCACCCGCAUCUUCUUUGGGUCCAAGGGCAACCUGUGCCAGCGGAAAGUGCCGCUCUCCAUCAGCCUGGCCCUGACCGUCCCGGCGGCUGUGAUGGCGGCCUAUUACCUGCUGCUGCAGACCUACGCCCUGCGCCUGGAAGCCAUCCUCAAUGCCAUCCUCCUCCUCUUCUAUGCUGUGGAGCUGCUGCUGGGUGUCCUCGCACUGGUCUCCUUCUCCAGCGUGGAUUCAUACUGAAGCCUCACCACGCCAAAGGACCCGGCCCAGAGCCACACAGGUACGCGAGGCAGCGGGGAGCCAGCAGCAUUCCCCAUCCAAAAUAGGGUGGUGGGGGGGUGUUUGCACCCCGUUUUGCCCACAGCACCCACGAACGACCCGCCAGGCAGCACCCAACCCGCUGCCAGCCAGAGCUUGCAACACGCAGGGCAGUUCGAGGUACAGAGAAUCAUUAUUAUUUUUUUCUACUGCCUUCUCAAAAUAAUUCACUAUUUUGCAAUAAAUAUUUAUUUUUA